AUGGACGCAACGAAAUUUGCAACGUUACUACUUCUCAAUGAGGCUCGACCAUCGUCCCGUUGGCACGUUCGUUAUUCGAAGAUAGUUCGCGCCUUAUUGACAAAGAGGAACCCACUAGAAGUGACGCGUCUGAUUGUGUCGCUUCGUUUGAUUCCAGAAACGAGAGCUGUUUCCGACACGCUACACAGACAGCUAGUUGCGAUCCACAAGAAUAUUCCUAACGUCAUGUCUGACGCAUGGAUGGGGUUGGGACUGGACCCCAGAGAAUUGUUUGAAGUCCUUGGCUGGCACCUUACACACACUGGCGAUGAAAAACUGGUGUUUUUGCACGAAUGGGUACUGUACAUGAUACGGUAUCGAAAAGCGCACUCGGCAGCACUCGACAUCGAUGAAGCAUUCAGCCUAUUAUUCCCAAACAAGAAACCGGGACAAGUGUAUGCUUAUCUCCAUCGACUGGGAAAAAAACGUGGUCAAGAAGAGCGUGCGAAAACCCUGUUGUAUCUUUAUGGCGAGGUCAGAAAUCUUGCCUCACCGGAGAACCAGACGAAGGCUCAAAGGCUUAUGUUUCGAGAGGUGCAACUCGAAAAGACUCCACCCCAUGUUCGUGCUUUCGCGGAGCUUGCUGUACCUUCAGGGCAUAUGAACGCUCCAGCUUUUGCGCAUUUGCUUGAAAAAGUUCGUCCAUUGGGGCCAGAAGAUUUGUACGCUAGACUCAUGGAUAUUGUCAAGACGUUGCGGUUCUUAAGACCCCCAGCGGAAGUGGUGCAAGUACUGGCAUCUCUUCACAUGAUCCCGGGCAAUGAAUUCAUUGCUACUGAGAUGCACAGAAUACUUGCAAGCCAGUACCUGCCAGGGCGAAUGCGCUUUGUGUGGAUGGAGGCGGGACUGCACCCUGGGAUCAUUCAGGAGAGUUGCAUCGGUGGAAGGUAUGUGCCGUACGACUUCUUCAAUUAUGCACUUGAAACUGAAUUACGCGAGUACUCUAAGCUGUUUGAAGUUGUGCAUCCAUACGCAUACAUCACACGUGAUGCUAAUGAGCUUGUGUUGCAUUACAAAUAA